CUGAAAAGCCUGCAGCCUACAUCUGGUACAAGAACAGAGAGUUUCUCUAUGAGGACUGGUCUCCCUGGUACCAAGAGCUGCUCAGCAGUGAGGACGCAGUCACAUACUCUUGUGCUGUCAAAGGCUACGAGCAUCUCAGAGCCCCUGAAGUCUCUGUGGAUUCCAUCACAGCGACCUGCUUCAGUGUGACCUAUGCUAAAGGGAACAUGUGUUCUUACAAGCAGAGAUCAGUAGAUGAGCUGUGCUCCAUCACAUAUCCCAGAGAGGUUUGUGUUCAAAGAACUUUCUACACAUCAGAUAAUGUCACACUGACCUGUAACAACAGCUGUAAUCUGACCGACCCUAAAACUACAUACACGUGGUACCAAAACCGAAGCAGAAACGUCAAGAAUCAACAUAUUUCAAUUCAUAUCUCUGCAAAAGACAAGUUCUCUUGUGCUGUAAAAGACCACGAGCAUCUUCAGUCUGCAGAAGUCUGUGUUCAGGAUAAAAACUGCUGGAGAGUGAAUUAUGUCAGCAGGAGAAUCUGUGCUCUGGAAGGAUCUUCAGUCAACAUCACAAGUGAAUACUCACAUCCUGAUAACAGGAAGCCAGAGUUUAAAUGUUGGAGUAAAAAAUGGAGAAAAGAUAAAGUGGAAGUUGAAGAGCUGAUUGAGGCUGCAGGUGGUGUGGAGUAUCAGGACAACAUGAAGAACCAACACAUCCUGACCAUCAAAAACCUGAAGAAGAAUGACUCAGGAGGAUACACAUUCAGAUUCAAGAGAGAUCAUGAAAGAUGGACACAGUCUGAUCUGCCUGGAGUCUUUUUGAUUGUCACAGAGCUGAGAGUGAAGAUGAGUCCUUCUGCAGUGGUGACAGAGGGUCAGAGAGUCACACUGACCUGCAGUACCAGCUGUCCUCUGACUGACAACACAAACUACAUUUGGUACUUGAACAGUCGACCUCUGACCCCGAGAGAGAACCAGAACAAACAUCUGAUCCUAGACCCAGUCAGCAGGGAGGAUGCAGGAAGCUACUCCUGUGCUGUGAAAACCAACAAAGAGAUCAGCUCUGCUCCAAAGACUCUCACUGUCCAAAGUAUCACAGGAACAUGGACACCAGCAGCUGCAGGAGUUUCUGCAGCUCUGCUGGUUUUAAUACUUCUCACUGUCUGCUGGUGUGUUAGGAAACAGAGAACUUCUGCUCAGCCUCCAACAACUGAAAGGUCUGACCAAAUUGAACAGCUCAGCCUUGGUCCUGUUAAUGACAUCUCAACACAACCAAAGCAGGAGGAUGAAGUCCACUACAGCAGAGUCUACUUUAAAAAUAAACAUGUGGUUAAUCUUUGUUCCACCGUACAGUCAGAUCAACCCAGACAACAGGAGUGUUCUCAUUAUGCUGCUGUGAGUUACAGCUCUGACGGAGCAUCUGGUGUCACUCCAGCAGACACAGACUUUCAGACUUACUCUACUGUGAAAGUUUGAGAGAGAUGCUGUGUUCAACAGCCACAUAUCCAUUACCCUGCAGCCAUGUCAGAGUACAACCUGAAGAGCUCACCAGAAACUCAACAAUCUAAUCAGAAAAAAAUGGUUAGUUCGUAGUGUUGGCUGAGUUCAGUUCGGCAUCUUAACUAUCACUAUCUGACAUUACAGGACACAACACAGUUGUUGACAGCUGUUACAAUGAAUGAUGUGUGCAUAGUGUCUUUUACAUGGCGUAGCUGUAGGUCAGGCGGUGGAGCAGGUCAUCUACUGAUCGGAAGGUUGGUGGUUCGAUUCUUGGCUUCCCCUAGUCUGCAUGCCUGG